AUGCCAUGGGACGAUACUGCGGUUGAUGAUACUGCAGUGUAUGUGAUGAAGGUGGACAUGCUCGACGGGGUCACCAUCUUGCGGUCCGAGAAGGUCAAGGAUGAGAUCGUCCUCGACGGCAACGACAUCGAGCUCGCGUUCUACCUCCCUUAUCAACCAACUGAAUCAAACAGGAUCCAGACACUGUCUUUGCUCAUGCGCAUGGUGAUGUUGCCUCAAUACUUUUUGUUUGAUGUGAUGCAGAUGAGCCUGCUCUAUUUCGAGGCGCAGCUGUCGAGGCGGCUGCCGCACGGCCAGCGUGUCGCUUGGCGCGACCACUUCGGCCUCACAGACGGCCUCGAGGAAGGGGUACGUCCCCAUUGUCGAAUUGUUCCGUCUCUCCUCCUUCCUUUCCGGCCGGCAUGGGUGGCCGAUCAAUCAUCAUAUCGUUCGGUCGGUCGAUCAGGAUCAGGGUGCUGA